CUCAAGAGUAUGCAAAAAUAUAGAAAAAGGAAAAUAUCCUGGUGCAUACGUUUUUCCACCUGAAAAAGGGAUUGAAACGAGAAGAUCUGUAACGGGAUUAGACUUUGCCUUAUUAUAUCCCAGUCUCAUCAUAGCUUACAAUCUCUCUUUAGAUAAAAUAAUACUAACACAUGAAGAGUGUAAGACAUAUAAUAAAUUUGAAAAGAAGGGCUUAUAUCCUGUUGUAUUAGAGGAUUUAUCUAACAAGAGGCUAGAACUUAAAGCAUGUCUGACCACACUAGAAAAGAAAAGGCAACAUCUUGGAAAGAUAAUAAAUUUAAAGCAAAAAGCUUUAAAGGUAUAUAUGAACACUUUUUAUGGGGAGGCAGGCAACUCAAAAUCUCCAAUCUUUCUCCGUGAAUUAGCUGGAGGAACUACUUCGGCAGGAAAAUAUAAUCUUAAUCUUGUCGCAGAAUUCGUAACAAAGAAAGGAUUUGGGAUAAAAUAUGGUGAUACUGAUUCUUUAUAUCUUAUCUGCCCAGAUAAGUAUUAUGAAAAAUGUGAUGAAGCCUUUUCCAGAAAAGAUCUUUCUAAAGAAACGUACUGGACUGAAAUGAAUAGCACAUCUUAUCUUAAGAUGGCAUAUGAAGAGAAGGCUAAAGGUGGCCUCGCAUGCAAUAAAACCUUUAUGGAACAAAUGAGAGAAAGAAUAGCAAGUGAAGAAAAAAAUGUAAAGAUCCUUGACUCUGGGAAGUGCUUUAGCUAUAUCGUUGUGAAUGACAGCCCUCGUUAUAAAAAAGAUGGUUCAAAAUUGACAAGAAAGGGUGAUUACAUAGAGUUUUCAGAAAUUGUAAAAGAGUUUAAUAUAAAGAUAGAUAUCAGUCAUUAUUUAGAACAAACAGUAGGAAU